AUGGCUUACAUUCGUGCAGUAUGUGGUGAAAAACAUUCAGCAGACAAGAGUGCAGCUAGUGCCUAUGUGGAUGAAUUUGCAAAGUUAGUUAGUGAUGAACAUUUAAGUCCUGAACAUGUGUACAAUGCUGACGAGACUGCCUUAUUUUGGAGAUGUACGCCAAAAAGAACUCUGACAACUGAGGAUGCAGAAUCGCCAUUGGGGUUUAAAGCUUCGAAGGAUCGCGUCACGGUUAUGUGCUGCUCUAAUGCUGCGGGUACCCAUAGAUGUAAGUUGCUUGUUAUCGGAAAAAGUUUACAUCCGAGGGCCUUUAAGGGUAUGACACGGUUUCCUGUCCAUUACCAUGCCAACAAGAAGGGUUGGGCUACCACUGAUAUUACAUUGGAUUGGUUUCAUAAAUGUUUUGUUCCUGAGGCCAGGGCUCACUGUAACUCAGUUGGACUAGACCCUAAAUGCAAGAUACUUCUUAUUUCAGACAAUUGUUCGGCACAUCCAAAAGCCGAUCUUCUAGUGAAAGAUAAUGUUUUUGUUGCCUACCUCCCACCCAACUGCACAUCACUAAUUCAACCACAGGACAAUGGUAUCAUACGUUCUAUGAAGUGUAAAUAUCGAUCCCUGUUAAUGAGGCGCCUAGUGAGUUCAGUUAAUUCAGGCACCCCAGUACAGAAAUUCAUAAAAGAGUUCAACAUUAAGGAUGCAGUGUACUGUGUUGCCAAUGCUUGGACAUCUAUUAAAACAUCAACACUGAAAAAUGGAUGGCAUAAAUUGUGGCCAAGUUUCAUGUUUACUUCUCAUUCUAACGAAGACACAGAAAAUGAUUUUGCAGGGUUUAGGGUUUCCAAAGAAAAGCAACUUAUACAUGAACUUCUUGCUUAUGUUAAAAAUGUAACUAAUCCUGAUGCCAAGGAGCUUUCAUCAAGGAUAAAUGAAGAUGUUUUAACAGAAUGGUUGGAUGUUGAUGAUAAUGUGCCAACAGUUCAUCAUUACACUGAUUCUGAAAUUGUAGAUAUGGUUAAAAGUCCGGAGAGAAAUGCCUGUACAGGUAGUGAUGAAGAUGAAAGUAGUGAAGAAAAUGAGGAAGAUGUGAGAGACAGAAUCUCUAUUGACAGGUUAAUUACUUUGACAACUGAACUGCUGGCUGGACUAGAGCAACGAAGUUUUGUGAGUGAACAAGAAAUCAUGAAUGUUUUCUUGCUCCAAGAUAAACUUAUUAGAGAAAGACCCAAGUAUAUGAAGCAACAGACAUUGCCCGAUAUAUUCAAGAAAAUAGCUAGGAAGCAGGAAGAAGCAACAGCGGUGUCCACACUUGGUAAUCCACUGCCAUCAACUUCAAGAUAA